AUGAGUUUCCUCCGCACUGUGAUCAGCAUCGCCCAGACGGCGCUGAAUAUCCUCUCCCCCAUUGACCAGUUCAAGGAGCACUGGCGAAAUGUCAACAACUACUAUCGCUACAACAACGUCAGCGAGGAGGGCGACAAUGUUGCCCAACACUACCUGACCGAGGACCUGUCCGAGAUGCUGAUCAUCCUCAAGAAGGAGUGCCUGCCCGACCAAACCCCGACAGCCGGCUCGGCAACCGACCUUGGUGACCUCCCCCCUGGCGCCCUGCCACCCUCGCCGCUGGAGAACAUGGUCACCGGACCCUGCCUGGAGUUUGUCAUGAGCUCGCAGAUGCUCGACUGGCUAACUAAGAAGGCCAUCAUGGACUCUCCGCGCGGAAUGCGUUGUCUUGUCAUGGACUUCUUCGCUUCCUUCCUCGGCUGCAUUCACGGGCCCCUGCUGCCGGAGGCCGUGCACAAGCCGCUCACCCGGCUACUCGAGGAGUCCAAGCGGGUGUCCCCGAAUUACCAGCGGUGUUGUUGGUGCGGCGUGGUGUGA